AAUCAUUUCACAGCGAGACACAGAGAAAGAGAGAGAGAGACGCGGGGGGAGGAAGAUGAAACUCGCCUGACUCCAACAAACUCAUGUUAAAAACAAGAGGAAGAGGAAGAAGAAGAAGAAGUGGGAUUACUGUGACUUUUCUACUUCGACGCCGAGGAGAGGGAUUUGUUAUGAUGAGCGCGUGAGCUGGUUCACAGCUGGUUUAUUUCUAUACUUUCAUACUGGGGAAGAGCCCAACCGGUCGUUCCAGAGAAUAAUAACCCACACAAAGCAGCAUGUCGUCCACCGAAGAGCCAUCUGGCACGGUCCUGCACCGACUCAUCCAGGAGCAGCUUCGCUAUGGAAACCCCACAGACACCCGCACCUUGUUAGCCAUCCAGCAGCAGGCCCUGCGUGGAGGCAGCGGGAGCAACAGUGGACCCAGCAGCGGAGGUGACAUGGGCAGGAGCCCACGAUCCUCCCUGGAGAGUCUCACCCAGGAGGACCCUACGUUCCCACAGCUCUCUGCGAGGCAGGAGCCUCAAGGUCAGGAGCACCAGGGAGACCACCACUCAGAAAGUGGUUAUCAGCUCAUCCAGCUGCACGGCGAGGAGCUGCCAACCUACGAGCAGGCCAAGGUGCACUCGCAGUAUCUGGCCUCGCACUGGGACCCCACGGGCCCGAUCAGGCAGCUCCAUGAAGAGAGGCUCCUGCACGACGGGGCCUUCCACGAGGAGGCCGAUCUGGUGGAGCUGAAGCGCAGCCAUGUGCGGUCACUCAGUGAGCAUCACAUGCAGAUAUCUCUGGAGAGGAGUGAUUUCGCUUCUAAGGCAGAGGCCAUCAAGAGCACCUCUCACAGCUUCCCAGAGCUGCCUUACUACACUCCACAAGCCCUGCAGAGCCCCGGGCUGAGCCUGGGCAAACACUGCCCUCCUCCAGAGUACUCAGCCCCCAUCCAGAGCCAAGGAUUUAUCCUUCACCAGGUCCAGGAGCCGGUGCAGGUUCAGCAGCACAGGUAUGUCCAGUCUGGUCAGCCAGCCGAAGUCCCCUGCUACAACACUUUCAUUAGCCUGCCACCUGCUGGCCUGGAGGAGCCCAGCCAGGUGGAGCUGCUGCUGAUGGAGAAUGAGAGGCUGAGGCAAGAGCUUGAGGCGCACAGGGAGAAGACCAGCCGUAUUCAGAAGUUGGAGCAGGAGAUCCAGCGCAUUUCUGAGGCCUACGAGACACUGAUGCAGGGCAGCACCAAGAGAGAGAACCUGGAGCAGACUCUGAGGAGGAGGCUGGUGGCUGAGAUCAGGAAGCUGCAGGAUUUCAACAGAGACCUCAGAGAUAACCUGGACAAUGCCAGAACGCACGUUGCAAAAGAAGUACAAGCAGCCGACCACAACCAGCACAUCGUGGCCAAACUCCUCGAGCAAAAUGAGGAGCAGAACUUUGAGCGUGAGCGCGUCGAGCGAGAAGUGCAGCGGUUGCGAACCACGGCGGAGGAGCAGAGCGUCAGGACGAAGGGGCUCGAGGAGGCCCUGGAGGCCGCCCGAGGACGGGGCCGCCAGCUCGAGGAGGCGCUGAGGAGGAAGAGGGCUUAUGUGGAUAAGGUGGAGAGGCUUCAGAGUGCGCUGGCUCAGCUGCAGUCCACCUGCGAGAAGAGGGAGAGCCUGGAGAUGAAGCUGAGGAAACGGCUCGAGCAGGAGCUGAGGAGUCUGAGGGCACAGCAGCGGCAAUCCCAGCCACCAGGAGUGACAAUGGGCUCCGUGCAAGAGCGUCUGCGCGAGCGGGAGGAGCAGAUUCUGGCGCUUGAGACCGACAUGGUGCGCUGGGAGCAGAAGUAUUUGGAGGAGAGCACCAUGAGGCAGUUCGCCAUGGAGGUGGCUGCCACUGCCGCUGCCCAGAGGGACACCACCAUCAUUAACCACUCGCCCUGCCACUCCUCUAACAACAGCUUUAACGAAGACCUGCCAGUUGACUACAGGAAUCAGGAGAUGGAGAACAGGAUCCGUGCUCUUUACGCUCAGAUCUUGGAAAAGGACGCCGUCAUCAAGAUCCUCAACCAGCGGCUGCACCAGGACCAGGGGCGUAAGGAUGAGCAGUGUCCCAGAGCAAAGUACCUGAACGCAGCGGGGGGCUCUCUCCGACCCGCCUCGUCCACCCCCUCCAUCAGCACCAUGAAGAGCAACACGAUGAGUAGAGGUAAGAGUCUUUCUGACGAUCAGACUUUGCCAAACCACCAGUUCUCUGCUCAGUCCGAACCUGGAGCACUAGAGCGGCACACGGGGGGAACCAGUGAGGCUGCCAGCACCACUAAGCUCCACAGUGAUAAGGAAGCUCCUAAGAAGCUGCUAUUUAACCCUUUCAGAGGCCUGGAGGAGUUGGAGUCCGAGGCGGUGGAAAUCUUCAUUUAAAGAACUGAGAAGUGGAUUUUGAAUGAGGAAGAAAGGAGGGAAACAUAGCAACUCUGAGAAUCUGUGAAGAGAUAUAAUAAUAUUCGGAUGUGAGAAUGUUGUGGAAAGAGGCCAAAGCGUGAAAAAAGACUGUUUUCAGGUUUUAGAGGCAGAGCUGUGCUCCGACUCACUUACUCUCACUAAGCUGGACAGCUGCAGGCGGUCGGUCCUGGCUGUGAGAGAAGAGAUUAAUCUUCUGAGGUACUUGGACAGUAUUGUGGAUUGUAAUAGGGCAAAAUGUUCUCACAGAGUGUAUGCCAAAAUAUUUAUAUAAAUAUAUAUAUAUAUAUAAUUGCUGCUCCCCCGUUUAUUCCCCCUAUUAUCUCUUUUCCCAAUCCGGUGAAAUAAGAAGCUACAUAUUUAUCUUAUCUGGUUUCCACAGAUAUUAAGCCUCAUGGUCUCAUGAUAAAUAUUCAGUAGAAGGUUAUGUGUGUGACCCGCAUUCCCCUCCUUUUCAGAAAAAUGUUAAUCUGUAAAACCUCAUUCCCCUCACAUGGAUGUUAUCUGGCAGACUUCCCCCUCGCUCGAUAACUUAAACUGAUAAACACUGCUGAUUUAAAACGCUCGCUGUCCAUGUCAAUCGAGCCCGAGUGGCUGGUUCUACCAAGGUUUCGAUUUGUGUUUGUGUGUGUUAGUGUGUGUGUGUGAACAGUGAGAUGCAUAAUAUAUAUAAGAAAAAUACUAUUUGGUAUGUUGUUGCCAAACUGACAGAACGGGUGUUGUUUAUAAUUUCGGGAGGGUGUUUUUUUUUUUUUUUUUUUUUAUUAUUAUCUUUUUUUCCUUCUCGUGUAUGUUUGCAUGUGUGGUUUCAGAAUGUGAAUGUGUGUCCUGACGUGGCGAUUCUGCUGGUUCGAUCGCCACCUCGGGCUAAAAGUCGAAAAACGACCCCCGUGUUGGUUUUGUGUUUACUGUUAGUUCCGGACUAACAAACAGGUUAAUUAUUAUUAAUAUUAUUAUAAUUAUUACUGUUAUUAUAUAUUUUAUACAGAUGUUUGUAUUGUUAUUUUAGAUAAAAUAGUGCUUUGAGAAAGACGCCAAAGAGUUUUAUGUUUGUACGUCUGUUGUAAGUUAUGUGCCGACAAUCAUGGUCAUGUUAAGCUGUACACAACCAACCAAGUGUUGACUUCAAACAGGCAUUUCUGUGAACUUCAAACAGUAUGAAGGUUUUUACAGUUGAAUUCAUGCAACAUUUCAUAAAGCAAUAAAAUAUUCUAAUGUACA